UUGGAUCUGCCUUUACUUAGAAAUACAUUACAGCGGAGGUCUGUUUGUGCAUAUUGUCGUACAGACGGCAAGGCAGCCGGCUCUGCUCUGCUCAGAUAUGAGGGAUGCAGUCGACAAACCGCGCUGUCACGAACAAAUGUUGUUCAGACCUUUGUUUUACAGAGCAGCGUCAGAGUCACAGUUUUCAACGGGGGUGAGAAAUUAGGUUAGAGGCGCACCUGAGGAACGGAGCGAAAAGUGGCAUGCAGGCUGAGGAAGAAAUAAUUGGAUUGAGUUAACGCCACACAGGGAUGAUGUUCACACUCACUGAGGUUGCGUCCUUGAACGACAUCCAGCCGACGUACCGCAUCCUAAAGCCAUGGUGGGAUGUCUUCAUGGACUACCUGGGGCUGGUCAUGCUUAUGCUGGCCAUAUUUGCCAUGACCAUGCAGAUCACCAAAGACCAAGUGGCUUGCCUUCCAUGUCUGGAGGACCCAGAGGAGGCCCCUGGACCCAAAACUAACUCAUUCCCAGAGCAGACCACACAGGCAGCAGCCCCUGGGACCCCAGUGGUAACCUCUACCCCCCUAGUGACUAAGGACUUACCGGAUGAAGUUGUUCAUGAGAUCCAUGUCACUCACCAACACACGUCUGUGGUGGCAGAGAAGUCCCCCGGUCAGUCUCAGCCAACAGGGGUUAGGACCAACCUGGACUUUCAACAAUAUGUCUUCAUCAACCAAAUAUGUUACCAUGUUGCCUUGCCCUGGUAUUCCAAGUACUUUCCAUACCUCACUCUCAUCCACACCCUUGUUCUCAUGGUCAGUAGCAAUUUCUGGUUCAAGUAUCCCAAAACGAGUUCGAAGAUUGAGCAUUUUGUUUCUAUUCUGGGCAGAUGCUUUGAGUCUCCCUGGACAACAAAGGCUUUGUCUGAAACGGCUUGUGAGGACUCAGAGGAGAACAAACAGAGGUUGACUGGCACUUCCUCAGUGCCAAAACAGGUAUCUUUAGAGGGAAAGGAUGAAGGCACAAAUGACUCCUCCACACCCAUGCUUGGGGUAAAGUUCUCUGCAGAUAAGCCCAUUGCAGAGGUCCCAAGCAGUAUGACAAUCCUGGACAAAAAGGACGGGGAGCAGGCUAAAGCCCUGUUUGAGAAAGUAAGAAAAUUCAGAGCUCAUGUGGAGGACAGUGAUUUCAUCUACAAGCUUUAUGUAGCGCAGACAAUUGUCAAAACUGUGAAGUUUAUUUUGAUAUUGUCCUACACUUCAACCUUUUUGGCUAAAAUUAAUUUUAAACAUGAUUGUGAACCUGAUAUUAAACAGUUGACAGGAUACAGAAAGUUCUUCUGUACGCACAACAUGGCGUUCAUGCUUAACAAGCUGCUUAUUAGUUACAUGGCUUUGAUUUUGAUCUACGGGAUGGCGUGCUUGUAUUCUCUCUUCUGGGUGUUUCGACGACCUCUCAAAGAGUACUCAUUCGAGAAGGUCCGGGAAGAGAGCAGCUUUAGUGACAUUCCUGAUGUCAAAAAUGACUUUGCAUUCCUCUUGCACAUGGUUGACCAAUAUGACCAACUCUACUCUAAACGCUUUGGUGUCUUCUUGUCUGAGGUCAGUGAAAAUAAGCUGAGGGAGAUCAGCCUCAAUCACGAGUGGACUUUUGAAAAACUGAGGCAGCUGGUGACCCGUAACGCACAGGACCAGCAGGAGCUGCACCUUUUUAUGCUGUCUGGUCUGCCAAAUGCAGUGUUUGACCUUACAGACUUGGAAGUGCUGAAACUUGAGCUGAUUCCUGAGGUGAGAUUCUCAGCAAAGGUCUCCCAAAUGACCAGCCUGCAGGAGCUGCAUCUCUGCCACUGCCCAGCCAAAGUAGAGCAGACAGGUUUUGCUUUUCUCCGGGACCAUCUUCGCUGCCUUCAUGUCAAGUUCACUGAUGUUGCUGAAAUCCCAACAUGGGUUUAUUUGCUGAGGAGUUUGAGGGAGCUUAACCUUAUCGGCAACUUGAGCUCAGAAAAUAACAAAAUGAUCGGUCUAGAGUCCAUGCGUGAUUUGAGGCAUUUAAAGACAUUAUGCUUGAAGAGCAACCUCACAAAAAUGCCCACAAACAUCACAGAGCUAUCACCACAUCUGAUUAGGUUGGUGGUGCACAAUGAUGGUACAAAACUGCUGGUACUAAAUAGUCUGAAGAAAAUGAUAAAUCUAAUUGAUCUGGAGCUGCACAGCUGUGAACUGGAAAGGAUUCCCCAUGCUAUUUUCAGUUUGACCAACUUACAGGAACUUGACCUGAAAUCUAACAACAUCCGCACAAUAGAGGAAAUCAUCAGCUUCCAGCACCUGAAGAGGCUAACUUGCCUGAAACUGUGGCACAACAAAAUUAUCACCAUCCCAUCCUCCAUCGGCCAUGUCAAGUCUCUGGAGGCUCUGUACCUCUCUCACAAUAAACUCGAGUCCCUGCCGCCAGCCUUGUUCACUUUGCCUAAACUGCGGCACUUGGAUGUGGGCCAUAACUCCAUCAUGGUGCUCCCUCCAGAUGUGGGCCUCCUCCACAACCUUCAACACUUAGCCAUCAACUCCAACAAGCUGGAGGCUCUGCCCAAGACCCUGUUCAGAUGCAUCAAGCUCAAGGUGCUGUGUCUGGGGAACAACGCACUCACUGUGCUGCCAGAGGCUCUGGGUCAACUGGUCCAGCUCACUCAGCUGGAGCUGAAAGGAAACUGUCUGGACAGACUGCCCAUCACGCUAGGAAACUGUCGUCUGCUGCGCAAAAACGGCCUGGUUGUGGAGGACCAUCUCUUUGAUGCGCUGCCGGUGGAUGUCAAGGAGAAUAUCAGCCAAGAGAGCAACUUUACAAGUGGCUUAUAGCACAAAAACCACGAUUCAGACAGACCAACAACUCUGGUGGUUCAUGACAAGCCUGUGUAAUGGAUGUAAGAGUAGACUUUUUAUUAUUACAACAUCCAUAAAAUGAAUGCAUUCUCUUGAUUACUUUUAAUAGAUUGUCUUAGUUGCUUAUGUAUUAAAAAUGGUACAGAUUGAUUUUCCUGUUGCUUGGUGUAUAUAUAUAUUGAAUUCGGUAGCAUUUUUGGAUUUAGCUUUUUCAUAGCUUUGAGUAAUAAAACAUUUAGAAAUUUUUUUUCUUUGUGUAAUACUCUCUAGACCAAAACUGUUUCCUCCAGUGACACAUUAUAUAGAUAUGUCAUUACUGUUUUAGGCUCUCAGGUAUAUAAUUGUAACCAUGGGGAACAAUCUUUUUGCCUUAACUGCUGCUGUUUUUUUUGUUUUUUUUUUCUUUUUUUUAACAGUGAGGGCUUUCUCAAAGAAACAGCCAAAAAUUAAUAUUUCAUGCGUUCAUGUAAGUUUUCAUCCAAAAACUAUCCACACAGAAAUUUCUGUAUGUUAUGAAAGAGGACACAAUGCAACAUUUCUUUCUUGGUACUUUAAGACCUUUGUUGAAAUUAUUUAACCUUUACUUUCCUUGAUGUUUUGUAGUUAACAGAAUGAGCCCAGAGUUUUAAAACUCAGGUGGAGCCUUUGAGCACCAGAAAUUAACCUUUACCUUAUUGUUGUAGAGAUUGUAUACGAAUGCCUAUAGUAAUUCAUUUGCACAUGCACAGAACGCAGUGAUAUAAAGGUAGUGAUAACAUGUCAGAAGACCAACGUGAGAUAAUAAAAGGGAAAUCUGUUGACUUUUUUUUUUUAAAAAAAUCAUGUUUUGAAAGAUGUAAUAAAACUGGUCACAGGUAGGAAUGAUUGACAUGAUCUGACAAAACCAUGAAUAACACCAAAUAUGUCUGCCUUCAUUCUUGUCAAUGUAUUCCUCUGUAGGCCUAUACUGCGUUUGUGUAUAUACAUAUAUCUGUGUGCUCUUCUGAGCUGUUGUUACCACUUUGUUGAUCCUAUGCUCAAAGUUCACAACUUUAUGGCACAAUAAAACAAGAUUUUAGAUGAAUGUCUAA